AUGAACACCACUGCCUUUGAUGGCUUCCUUGGCUCAUUGUCGGACAUACAACAAGAAGAACUGGAUGCCAUCACUGCUGCGCUGGCGCCUUCAAAUGAUGAGAUGCCGCAGACAGAUACAGCUUCUAACAAGGAUGCUCCUCAUUCCUUGCAACACAGCUUCCAUGAACUAGCACAACAACAGCAGCAGCAACAGCAGUCUCAUCAACAACAAAUGCAGAUGUAUGCUCAGUCAUAUCAAAAGCACCCGCACCCGUAUCCAACACCCAAUUCUGCGUCCAUGUUUGCGGCCGUCGAGAAACCAUACAUGUCGCCCUUUCCGGAUCCCGGGUCGGCAGCAGCUAUGGCACUGAGCCAGGAAAUUGACGAGCUACUAUUUACACCCAUGAUGUCGCCUGCCAUGGGUCCUUUGCAUAAUGGCUUCCCAGCACAGCAGCAAGAAGUCGACUGGGAUCGUUUUGAUCAAAGUCUUUUUGCUUUGACUGGACCUGCGAUAGACGGGCAAGUGCAGACACCCACCAUGGAACUUGAUCAAGCAACAGGUGGCUUGACCUCGCCAGCAUUCCCAAUGCCUGCGCAACAGCAAGCAUCGGCGCCACCUUCCGCGAAAAGGCAGCGAGUUGCUCGUAAACCGAGUGCGACAAGUCUAAGCAGCAAAUCUCCAGCUUUGAAGGCCAUCUCUAAGCACAAACGCAAGACGACCUCAAUGUCUGCGCCGCUGCUCCGUCAAAGUGCAUCUUCACUCGAACCCUCUCCUGAACCCAAUAGCCAUGCUGGACUUGCCCACUCCGAUAGCGUCUCGCCCAUGGCUGUUGAUUUUGGCAAGAGCACCACAAAUGGAAAGAUCUCUCAGGUUCAGCAACGUAGGGCCGACGUUGCGCAAGAACGCCUCGGCCAGCCCAUCACGCCAAGCAUGCUCAUGUCCUUGUCAGGAACAUUGCCAGAGCUUGCCGCUGCACCUAUACCGACAACCAGCGCCCAAGGCCAGCACGUCGCGACAAAAAAGCCUUUCCCUACCCCAAUUGCGACAGCCAAUUUACCAUCACCAACCUUUCGACCACCUUCGCAACCAAGCACACCUGCAGCGAUCGCGCCCGCUCGGCCAAUUCAGGCUGCACCGAGCAGUAUGUCCGGUCCUACAACGGGCAAGAAGCAAGUUCCUGGGAGCGUCACGCAUUCACGGGCGGGUUCUGUUGCGAAUUCACCGGCGCUAGGACCAUCACUGCCACGCAACUCGCCUGAUCUGAGGCCCAUAUUGCCAGGUGGCAUGUCUCCGCAGGUCUCUGCCUUACUCGCCUCGAAAUCCAAUUAUCAGCAUAUCCUCGAUGGAACACUCAAUCAAAUGGGCGUUUCCUAUCCGACAGGCAUGACGGCUGGUCUCGAGAAUCGAAGAACGAGUCACAAGCAAGCUGAGCAAAAACGACGCGAUCAUCUGAAGGAGAGUUUUGAGCUGCUCCGAAAUAUUCUGCCAGAUAAGCUUGAUGCCGGGGCGUCCAAAGUCGUGUUGUUGCGUAAAGGCUACGAGUACAUUCUCAGCUGCAAGAAGCAAGUCGAAGAAAAGGAUAUUGAGAUUGCUCGACUACGCAAGCUGGCUGGGCUGGCAGAGGUUCCGUGUAGCGCGGCGACGAGCCAGCCUGUUGUUGACAGUUCGCCUUCCCAGUCAGGUACCUCAGAGAGCAAGGAUGGCGGUGGAAGUGAUGUCUCGUUCCAGAGUGAGAUGGACACACGGCAAGAGGAUUCCGGCGAAUCCAAGUAG